AUGACCGCUACGAACCGUCAAGUGCAACGCAUUCAACGAGAUUUAACAACACUCGAACAGCAUCCAUUGAAUUUUAUUCAAAAUUUAGCAUUGUCUGUUAAUGAUGGAGGUCUUCAACAAAUCACUGGUGUAAUGCUAGGCCCAGAGAAUAGUCCAUAUACGGGUGGCUAUUUUCGUUUUGCAAUGUCAUUUCCCCAAGAAUACCCAUUCAAACCACCUAAUAUUGCCUUCGUCACUGCCAUCUGUCACCCAAACAUUCAUUCAGGCACUGGUGAAACUUCAGAUAAUAGAAUUUUCACCUCAUGGGCUCCUAAAAUAACAAUAAGCGAAGUGCUUGAAUCGAUACAUUUGCUAUUAUCAAGUCCCAAUUAUGAUACACCAAUUGAAGCAGAAACGAUGCCGGACAAGAGCCCUCAAAAGGCUCGCGAGUGGACUCUGGCUUUUGCUCAAGGUCCGUAA